UUUAUUUGAAAGGUUAGGAAAAUAAGCCUAAAAAAUACGCUGUGGAAUUGAGUUUGACGAUGGAGUAAAGAGAAUAUCCAAGAGGAAUAAACGUUGAAUUGAAUUGAAGAGAUCUGAAAAUCCGAUUCCGAUGGCUUCUACAGAGGGUUUGGUGCCCAUAACUAGGGCUUUUCUGGCUUCUUACUACGAUCAACACCCCUUUACUCCUCCUCUUUCUCCAGAUGUCUCUCGUCUUUCUUCUCAGCUUCGUUCUAUGGCCAAUCAUUUGCUCACUCAACAUCCUCCUAUCCAUGGAGAAAGCAUAUUAAUAAAUGAAGCUGAGAGCCAACCUCCCCAUAAGAUUGAUGAAAAUAUGUGGAAGAAUAGAGAGUAUAUUGAAGAAACUAUUUUUUUACUUCAACCUUCUAACUGCCCUCACCCGCUGAAACAACAGUCCGAUCCUGACAAUGUUGAAUUUUCCAUUAUGCUUGGGAACCUCAAAGAUAAACUUGAUAAUACUUUGAGGAUUUUGGAAUCUUUCCAAAUCAAAAAUGCUGACCAUGUAUUUAACACAGUUAUGACAUAUCUGCCUCAAGAUUUUCGAGGAACUCUCCUCAGACAACAACGUGAACGCUCAGAGAGGAAUAAACAAGCAGAGGUAGACGCUUUGGUGAAUUCUGGUGGUAGCAUACGUGAUCGAUAUGCUCUUCUGUGGAAACAACAAAUGGACAGGAGAAGGCAAUUAGCUCAGCUUGGCUCUGCAACAGGAGUCUAUAAAACCCUCGUAAAGUACCUAGUUGGAGUUCCUGAGGUAUUGCUUGAUUUUACAAGGCAGAUUAAUGACGAUGAUGGGCCCAUGGAGGAGCAACGUCAUCGCUAUGGACCACCUUUAUACAGCCUCACCUCAAUGAUUCUUUAUGUCCGAUUCUUCCUUUCAUUAUCGUGGGCACGCUAUGGGCAUAAUAAAUUAAAAAGGGAACGGUUAGCUGUCUUGGAACAAGCUGUUGAUGUCUACACCAUGGAGUUUGAGAGGUUCAUUACAUUUCUUAGUGGGGUCUUUGCAAACUCGCCUUUCUUCAUUCCAGCAGAUGUUGCCGGUGCAGUGGAAGCAAGUAAAAAUGACGACUUCAAAGAAAUAAGUGUUCCAGCUGGGAAAACUUUUGAGGUUAUACUCUCAGUGGACUCGGUAAACUCGUAUAUUGCAUGGGAUUUUUCUUUAGUACAAGGCAAGAUAAAUAUGGUAUUGCCGCUACAGUUUUUUUUUUUUUUUUUUUUUGCGCGUACGAGUUGUCAUGAUAUUUCUAAGACAUCCUUCUAUAGUAAACUUGUUUUUGUUUAUUGUCAGGAUAUUGGAUUUACUUUGGAGUUUGCAAGUCCUACUGGGGAAAAGACUCUGAUGCUGCCUUACCGCCGAUACGAGUCUGAUCAAGGGAACUUCUGCACAUUAAUGGCUGGAAGCUAUAAACUGAUAUGGGACAACACACAUUCAACUUUUUUUAGAAAGGUGCUACGGUAUAAGGUAGAUUGUAUACCUCCUGUCACAGAACCUGUGCAGUUGGAGUAAUGCAAAAAUGGUGUAGUAAUUUUAUUCUUGUUAAAAACACAAGUUACAAUUACUCAUGCCAAGAUUGAGACGUGUUCAAUUAAUUUCUGUAAAGGGAGCCGACUGUUGUAAUGGCAAAAAAAGUAAUCAUUAUAUCAACACAUUGUUUGAUGUAGAACAAUAUGUGAAUGGUAUGACACUGUUUGAUGAAGAACAAUAUGUGAAUGGUAUGACAUUCAGGUAUUAAAACAAAA